GGCAGACAGGCAUCAGCUGGUAGUCACACCACAACUUCAGUAGUGAGCACAUGUACCGCUCACCACAGUAAAACUAAAGGUUACAAAAUGCAGGAAAAUGGCAAAGACAUGUGUUUGUGGAGACCUGACGUAAGAAAGAAAACAAAAAUUGACGAAUUCCGUGAAAUUGUGAACCAAAAAUACAGCACAUCUCUGGGUGAUUAUCAUGAACUGUACAAGUGGUCGGUGGAAGAGUACGCACAUUUCUGGGAGACAUGGUGGGAGUUUGGGAGGUUCGUAUACUCUUCUCCGCCCACCCAAAUUGUGGACAUGAGUCUCAGCAUCACACAAGUACCAAAAUGGUUCUCGGGCGCGAGACUUAACUUCGCUGAGAAUCUUCUACGCUUCCGGGAUGAUCGAGUGGCCAUUUAUGCAACAGGGGAAGGGCAGCCAAACAUCAGUAAUGUGACAUAUAAAGAAUUAUACAAACAAGUUGGUAUAUAUGCAAGAGCACUGAAGGGUCAUGGUGUGAAGAAUGGAGACCGUGUCGUGGGUUACCUUCCUAACUCUCCUGCUGCUGUUAAGGCCAUGCUUGGGACAGCUUCGUUGGGUGCUGUUUGGAGUUCAACAUCUCCGGACUUUGGCGUUACGGGUGUGUUGGAGCGCUUCACUCAAAUAGAACCAACAGUUUUGUUUUCUGUUGAAGCGGUCGUGUACAAUGGCAAAGUUCACAACCACCUCAACAAGGUCAGAAAAGUUGUUGCUGGCUUGAAGAAUCUUAAGAAAGUUGUCAUCAUCCCGUUUGUCCACAAGAAGAAUGAGAUUGAUUUAUCAGAUAUUCCCAAUGGGAUGUUCCUAGACGACUUCCUGGCCGAGUGGGAGAGUGACGAAGACAUAGAGUUUGAACAAGUUCCCUUUCACCACCCACAGUUCAUUAUGUUUUCAUCAGGAACUACAGGUGUACCUAAAUGUAUGGUCCACUCUGUUGGGGGGACCCUUAUUCAAAUAGCAAAAGAACACGUAUUGCACUGUAACCUGACGAGGGAUGACGUCUUCACUUACUACACCACGACUGGUUGGAUGAUGUGGAACUGGCUAGUGGUGGGUUUGUUUUCUGGCUGCUCUCUCUUCCUGUAUGACGGUUCACCGCUCCUGCCAACUCCCAAUGUACUCUGGGAUCUGGUUGACAAGUUAGGAAUCACAGUGCUGGGGACAGGUGCUAAAUGGUUGGAUGUGUUGGAGGAAAAAGGAGUUCAUCCCCGUGAAACACACGACCUGUCCUCCCUGCGGGCCAUCCUCUCCACUGGAUCUCCUCUCUCUCCACACUCCUUCCACUAUGUCUACUCCAGCAUUAAGCAAGAUGUUAUGUUGGGCUCCAUCACAGGUGGUACAGACAUUAUAUCUUGUUUCAUGGGCAGCAACCCCAGCCUACCAGUGUAUGAGGGAGAGAUUCAGGGACGCAACUUGGGUAUGGCCGUGGAAGCCUGGGGGGAGAAUGGUCAACCUGUGUACAACACAAGAGGAGACCUGGUGUGUACCAAGCCCUUCCCCUCCAUGCCAACACACUUCUGGAAUGACGAUGGUGGUAUUAAAUACACAAAAGCUUAUUUUGCAAGGUACCCCCACACCUGGGCCCACGGAGAUUAUAUCAUCAUUAACUCUAGAACUGGAGGAAUAACAAUGUUGGGACGAAGUGAUGGCACUCUCAACCCUAAUGGUGUCAGAUUUGGCAGUGCUGAAAUAUAUAAUAUUGUUGAGAAAUUUGAAGAAGUGAGCGACAGCGUGUGUGUGGGUCAGAGGAAUGCUGCCGGGGAAGAGCGUGUUGUGUUGUUCUUGAAGCUACACCCCACGGCAGAGUUCACUCCAGAACUCACGAGCAGGGUUGUAGUAGCCAUUCGCUCUGAACUCUCGGCAAGACAUGUUCCGGCUGUCAUUCUUCCCAUUGCUGAAAUACCAUACACCCUCAGUGGGAAGAAAGUGGAGGUGGCUGUGAGGCAGAUGAUCCAGGGUGAAACUGUGAAGAACAGGGCUGCUCUCUCCAAUCCUGACUCACUCGACCUCUAUGCCAACAUACCACAAGUCCAAGCUUGGUAAACAAUCUCAUGUGAUGUGUGCCUUUACAAACCAUAUUGGUGAACCGUUACGUUUAUCUUCACCGAAAAUUGCAUCAGCCGGAAUGGUGAAGGACGUCUGAUAAGUUUCCUGACCUAUUACAGGUGAAUCAAUCUUAAGAUUUACUGACACGUUCCUACAGUUGACAGUGGUAAUGAGAAACAUUGUUAUGUUAUUAUUGUUACAGCUCAUAUGGUAGUUAAUAAUAUAAUAAAGUUCUUCAUAUUAUUUUUUUUGUAAUAGAUUGAAAAUUGACUUGUACAGGAGUUUGACCUCUCAGGUACAGUACCUCGGCUGUGAAUUUCUCCGCACAUUUUUAUCUAAAUUUAGCAGAAUUAUACAACUAUGAACUACUGUAUAUGGAACUUUAUCACUUUGAAUCACAAUAUUUAUAAGAGAUGUGUUGCACUGUACAGCUUAUAUUUUUGCAUUAAACAAAUAUAAUGCAGCUUUGGGUUGUGUGGGACCAUUUGGAUUAUUAUUUACAAGUUUUAUGGAAAUUUACAAAUCCAUAAGUCUUAAUGUAGUUUUUUGGGGUAGGAUAUUUUUAGAAUUACUUUAAGUGUUAUGUUUUUGGGUUAUAGGAAACCAUUUUGUUCAAUAUAACCCACAAAUGCAGCAGUAAAAUGUACCCGGUAUGUACAAUUACCCACAAAACUCCUGUCGCCUCUACUCCUGAACCACAAACCUCAAGAUUCAGACUAGUGAAUCCGAAGCAUUAAUUGAAAGAAUAGUGCAUCAGUGUUUUCUGUUGCUUCGGGUUCACAAGCACGAAUCUCGGGGUUCGUGGUGCAGGAGGAGAGAUGACAGGACUUUUGUGGGUGAUUGAACACUUUUUUAUAUGAACCUUGUUCUCACAGGAUAUCCCAGAGUCUUGCGAGUCCUAUCUGGAUUCUAAUUUAGUCCCCUCUUGUAGCUUCACAACAGUUAUAUGGGACCUUAAGUACAGUAUUUUGCACAAAAGAUAACAUAUUUACUCAGAGUAAACAUUACAUCUAAAAUUUGUAUGUCUAAUGCAAAAUCUAUGAUGUUUAUAUUCA